CUUCUUCACCCACCUACAACAGUAUCAGAACAACUUGUUUACUGUAGUCAUUUUAACUCUUUAAACUGCUUUCCUUGAUUUUAGCCACUUAAGGGCAGUGGGAAAUUUCCCCAAACAGAGACGUACACGAUGCAGACAAAAGUAUCCAAAACCUCUUUAUGGGAUUGUUUUUCAGGGAUCAGACUCGUCCCCUUAAUUCCAGUGAAGGGAAAUCUUAAUAUUUCAACAGACCAAGACAUUAUGGACAAUGCUAUUCUUCCAAUUUUGCAGCAACCGUUUGGGGAAGGCCCUUUUCUAUUCAAGUAUGGCUGUGCUCCAGUGCACCAAGCAAAGUCCAUAAAGACAUGGUUGGAUGAGUCUGGUGUGGAAGAACUUGACUGGCCCACAUCAGUGCCUCACCUCGCUAUUGCUUUACUGCAUGAAUGGGCAAAAAGUUCCACAGAAACACUCCACAGUCUUGUGGAAAGCCUUUCCAGAAGAGAGGAAGCUGUUAUAGCUGCAAAGCUGUCUAUGCAUUCAUAGACAUUAAAGUACUUGUUGAUGUAAUGGUCGGGUGUCCCAAUACCUUUGUCUAUAUAAUGUGUUAUCACCUUAAAAAUUGAUGUAGCUAAUAUGUGAGCAAACAAUUUAAACAUCCAGUCCACCAGGGGCACUAACUUGCUUUUGACCCAGUGAGUAUGGAGGAAAUCUGCAGUUCAUUAGCUGCUACCUGCUUCACUGUGUUCACCUGUAACUUUCUAACUUUGCCUCUUUUAAAGUUCCAAUUGCAUACUUUGAAAGCAACAACUAUAUGGUAACUUCAGGGUAAAGCCAGAUUCCAAUGCUGUGCGGUGUCUUCUCUGAGUAAUAUGUAGACAUGAAUUAAAAUUUUGAAAGUAUAAAAGUUAGAUUAGAUUCCAGCUAAUUCUGAAAUAUUAAGUGGUUCAAUUUUCAAACAGGACAUGCUGAAGAAUAUGUCCACCUUUGUGUUUUACGGGAACCUUCGUAAAUCACUCUUUGAGUCUAUGAUGUAGCAUUGACACUCGUUAGAAAGCAAUGCAAGAGGGCAGUUUGAACCUGAACCCGCCUCUUUGCAACUGUACAAAAGCUCAGUAAUACCAAGUGUCAUCGCAGUGAGACGACCAUACACACAAUGAUAAACUUAACUUUGUUCUCAGCUUUACUUCUCUGCAGCCUCAGUUGGCUCUCUGGCUCUGGCUCUGAGUCUCAGACCGUGGAGGUUCAGCCCGGUGAAGAAGUCACAUUAACGUGCUCUAACAUUUCCACAGUUCAGACUCAAACAUUCUGGUCCAGAGUCAUUAAAGCUAGCAAGAUAAGCUGUAUCUCUUCUACAUUUGGGACUGAUAAUGAAAUUUUAUUCUGUGAUGGAAAUGAAAAUGGAAAAUUUGAAAUGACCUCCAACGUGUCCACUGUUUCUCUUAAAAUCAAAAGAGUGAAUUUAUCUGACUCUGGGAUGUAUUUCUGUGGAUUUUACAUCAAUAGACACACAAUGAUGAAUGAAAUACAUUUAAAAGUUCAAGGGGAUGAUUCCCCUGAUGAUUCUCAUGAUGAUGUCGAUGGAAAAUCUGAAAAACAGUGCAGUGGAAUAACUAGUCUGACUGUGGUCCUGGGCGGACUCACUGGCUCCCUCAUAUUGGUCAUCAUCGGGCUGGUGGUUAAAAUCAGAAAACUUCCAACAGUUGAAAAAGAAGAACGCAGUCCACAAAAGCAGAAUCUUUGUUCAGAUGACCUGAACUAUGCCGCGCUGCAUAUCCAUCCGAAUCCGAAGAGAAGCUGCAGGCCUGCAUCAGACAAAGAGCUGGAGAUAAAUGUUGUGUAUGCUGCCACCAGAUAGACUCAGGAAGCAACUGGAACUGCAAUUCUAAGUGGAACUGCUUCUUUAUCAUAUAAACCUUUUAAUGUGCCAAAUUCAAUAUCUUUUCUCUCUUUUUUACACUGAGUUUCACUUUGCAUGUGCUUCUUUAUUUUCUUAUAUCUGUCACAUAAGCCCUGGCCUAUUUUGUCGGAUGGAGGUGGAGUCAGUGGUGGGCUAAGGGGCUGUCCAGGUUCUCAGACAGACAGACGACUUUCAGAUGUUGGUCUGCAACACUGGAGGAGUGGGGUUUUCAUUAUUCUCUGACAGGAAGCACAGUGUGGUCUGAAUACAUAUGAUAUGUGGUUGUGUGCAGUAGGAGGUCUGCAUAAAUACUGAUAUCUUGCUUGGUAUUUUCCAUUGUGGUGAUAAACAGUGCUGCCAGUAACAGCUCAGUUUUUAACUUUCAACUUCCCUUGAUAAAUAUU